ACGGAUUUUGACAUUUCCUCAUUUUCAAGUGUGUAGUGUCCUCAUGAAAGCAUCCAGCGGGGCGUGGUCAGACAAGUUUUGGAUAAGCAGAAGUUGGACAAUAUCUGGUUUGUGGUUAAAAGUUCAAGCGAAUAACGUCAUGCCAAGGAUAUAGUCUACAUUUUCAGGAGAACGAUUGAAAUUGGUAAACUGCAGAAUCUGAACUACAGGCUUCAGGGAUGAUGGCAGAAAAAGAUGUAGUGGAGGACUGUCCGCUCAACGAGAAGUAUCCGAUUUCAACAGAGAAUGAAGAUGCUAAAGCGAAGCGACAAGCUGGCAUCCCGCUCUCCAGGAAGCUGUGCUACGCGGUGGGAGGAGUUCCCUACCAGAUGACCCUGAACGCUAAAGGUCUCUUCAUGCAGAUCUUCCUACUGGACGUGGUGCAGAUGGGUGCGUUCUACGCCUCCCUCAUCCUCUUCCUGGGACGGGCCUGGGACGCCCUCACAGACCCCCUGGUGGGAUACCUCGUCAGCAGGAGCGGAAGGACACGCUUUGGCAAACUGAUACCUUGGAUCAUAUUCUCCAUGCCUCUGGGGGUGCUGUCCUACGUCAUGCUGUGGUUCUCCCCCCAGGACGUCACGUCUCCAGGAUUCAGCUUCUCCUGGUUCUUCAUCUGGAACUGCCUCUUCGACCUGUUCAUGAGUUGCUCCCAUGUCCCUUUCUCCUCUCUCAAUAUGUUCCUGGGAGGAGACCAGAGGGACAGAGAUUCUGCUACGAGCUACAGGAUGGGUAUGGAGGUGUUUGCUACCCUGGCCGUAGCCCUGAUCCAGGGUCAGAUUGUGGGGGUGUACCAUGCCAGGAAGGUUGUGGCCUGCAGCCAGAUCAACAGCAGUGACACCCUCCUCCUCCAGAACGCCUCCGACGCUCUCACUGACACCCUGCAGAACACGAGGAGAGCCUAUGUCCUGGCUGCUCUGGUCCUGGCAGGGUUUUACUUCCUGUGUGUCCUGAUCCUCUUCCUGGGGGUCAAGGAGCAGCUGGCCCCCCUCAGCACGCUGGGCAGGGUCAGGAUGUCCUACCUGUCAGGGAUGAGGCUGGUGGUGGGACACACCCCCUACGUCCAGCUGGUGGCCGGCUUCCUGUUCUGCUCCAUCGCUUUCCAGAUGGCCCAGGGGAGUUUUGCUCUGUUCUGCACCCAUGUAGCAGGAGUAGGACAGUACUUCCAGCACAUCAUCCUCGUCCUGCUGGCGUCGGCCACAGUGAGUGUGCCUCUGUGGCAGGCAGUGCUGCUGAGACUGGGCAAGAAGACCACCCUCUUCAUCGGCCUCUCUAUCUAUGGGCCCGCCAUCGGAGUGUUUGCCAGUGUGAAUAGCAACCUGCCUGUGUUCCUCGUUAUGGCCGUGUUUGCCGGGAGCAGCUUGGCUGUGCUUUACCUGCUGCCUUGGUCCAUGCUCCCUGACGUGGUAGAUGACUUUAAGGUGCAGAACCCCACCAGCACUGGCCUGGAGCCUCUCUUCUUCUCCUGCUUCGUGUUCUUCAACAAGUUUGGAGGAGGACUGGCUGUGGGAGUGUCCACCCUGGUGCUGCAUUACGCAGGGUACCAGUCAGGGGCGUGCAGACAGCCCCCUGUGGUGAUCAUGUCUCUGAGGGUACUGUUCUCCCCCGUGCCCAUCGUCCUCCUGCUGCUGGGCCUGGGCCUCUUCUACUACUACCCCGUCAACGAGGAGCGCCGCUCACGCAACCAGACCGCCCUGCUGGCAGCCAUGAGGAAGGAUGGCGGCUCUGGGGAGGCCCGGUAGAGACACAGUGCUGCUACCACAUUGAUAAGUACUUCAUGAGGACUCUACUAUACUCCAUUGUGCUCUGCUCUGAUUUAAUCCUCUGUUUUAAGGCUUUUUAAUAAUGCUGAUUCAAACCACUGUGCUGACUCUGGCCGACGGCUGGCUGGUCUCUCUGAAAAGUGUCAGCUGAGUGAUGCAAAUAAAAUAAAAGCUUUUCCAAAGUCACUAUUGAUACUGUACUA